AUUAAAAUCGCAAUCCACAGUAGAUUUUUCCCCCCUUGCGAGCCAAGAUUAUUCCCUUUGUUGUUCUACUUGGAUCUAUUUGGUUUUAUUUUUAUUUGUAUAUAUUGAUGAUUCUUUCUACUUGAAUCCCUUUAAUUUUUUAUUUUUAUUUUUAUUAUUGUUAUUUUAAUUUUGACGGUGAAUACUGCAAUACAAAGGAGAAUAUAAGAGAGAAACGUAAAGAGAUGAAUAAAGAAAAUGAUCAUAAACUGCAAUAAUCAUAGUGAUUGUUCUGAUGAGAAAAUGCAGAGAAGUCAAGAUUACAUCCAAGCUUUAGAAGAAGAACGUCGCAAGAUUCAAGUUUUUCACCGUGAACUACCCAUUUGUCUUGAGCUUGUCACUCAAGCAAUUGAGACACGAAAGCAACAGUUAUCAGGAAAAACAACAGAGUAUGAUCAUAAUGUGAUAUCUGAAUGUUCUGAGCAGACAUCAAAUGAAGGGCCAGUUCUGGAAGAGUUUAUUCCUACAAAGAGAACCUUGUCCACUACCGUUGAUGACAAACAAGAAUUGAAGAGGUCAAAGAAUAAUACUAAUGUUACUUAUAAUGAUAAUGUUUCAAAGAAAUCGGACUGGCUUAGAUCCGUCAAGUUAUGGAAUCGAACCACAGAUCCACCCUCCAAAGAGGAUUCACUGAGAAACAUGUCAGUGUUGGAGGUUAAUAGAAUUAGAAGCGGUGGUGCAUUUCAUCCAUUUCAGAAAGAGAAAAGUAGUGUAACUACUCCACAAAGGCCAAUCGGAAUGUCAGCGCAGGUGGCUGCCUCCAGUUCUGUGGAGGAGACAAGUAGCGGUGGUGGUGGUGGUGGAAAUUACAAGGAUGAGAAGGAAGGACAAUUUCAAAGAAAACCUAGGAGGAGUUGGUCACCUGAGCUACAUAGAAAAUUCUUGCAAGCUCUUCAAAGACUUGGUGGUCCACAAGUUGCUACACCAAAACAAAUUAGGGAUUUGAUGGAGGUUGAUGGUCUAACUAAUGAUGAAGUAAAAAGUCACUUGCAGAAAUAUAGAUUACAUAGGAGACGACCAGGUCAUUUGAUUCUCAAUAACAGCAGACAAGCAGAACAGUUUGUGGUGGUGGGAGGAAUCUGGGCGCCACCACCUGAAUAUGAUGCUGCAAUGGCUACAAAAACCACAGCCGCCACUUGUAAUCAAAUCUAUGCGCCAAUUGCUUCACGACCACCACCACCACCAUUACAAAGGCAGCAAUAUAAGCAAUUCCACUCUGAUGAUCGAGCCAGUCAUACUGAUGAUAGAGCUCGCUCUCGGUCACCUGCUACCUCCUCCUCUACACAUACAAUCACCAAUUCACCAGAUUAUUGAUUUUUCUCCCUGCAGGUUUGAUACACAGUAUUAGAUUGCACUAAAACUAAAUAUGAUAAGAAAAAAGUAUAGUUUCUAUUUUUUCUUGGGAAAUACUACUAUCUAAUUUACCUUACCAAAUUAUGGUGGGAUCGGCUGCUUUAAUCAUUCGGUAUAACAAUUGAGGAAAAUAUAGAGUCAAUUUUUAGACCUUAUUUAUCUUCCAUAUUUAUCAAA